AUGGCCCGCUCGCUCGCUCCUGGCGACCGUGCGGGGGGCGACGGCGGCGACGCGGCCGAACCUCCCGGCCUGCUCGCCGCCGGCGCACUGCCAGCCUCCAGCCGUGCCACUGCUCAGCCUCCACCAUCCUCCCUCCACCCGUCGCCUCCACCCGCCGCCGGCUGCCACACACCACCCGCUUCCGCCACCGACUCCCCCACGUCCACCGUCGCCGCCGGCGCCGACCACCCACACCCCACCCUCCACCCGUCCUCCGCCCGCCCUCCGUCUACCGCCGCCAGCCCCCUUCCUGCGCUGUCUGCUCGGCCUCGUCUUGAAGCCCGGAGCGCCGGCAACGCGACGUUGCGAGCUGGAACGCCAUGCCACCCAGGGAGCACCUUCCAGGAUCACCUUCUUCGUGAUUUCUACACAACUGCUGUGCCAGGUGACAUCGUUCCCAACCACCCUGUUCCUCUUUGGGUCACGCCUGCUUCUAACGAUCCUCGCUACAACCUUUGCCUUUGUCAAGAACAUGCUUAA